CCUCCUCUCUCGGGCUGGGCUUUCCCCUGCACAUGGCUCCUUCUGGUGUCUCCCACAGGUCGCCGCGGGAGACGGACUGGCAGCCAGACCAUGAAGCGCGCCUUCCUGAAGCUGUUCCAGUCCGGGCAGAGCAAGCAGGACACUUGCUACGAAGGGGUCGUGUGCGAAGCCGACGCCGCCUCGGUCGCCUCGCAGGAUGUGUUUAAGGUGAUCUCAGAUGGAAGUACCUGCAGACUACGAAGUUUCAUUAAGAAGAAUCGGGAUGGUCUUAAGAAACUGGAUGAGCUAAAUGCCACUCCAUUGCAUCAUGCUGCAGCAGGAGGUCAACUUGAGCUAAUGCAAAUGAUUAUAGAUGGUUCUUCAACUGAAGCACUAAAUGUGACUGACUCCUCUGGAAACACACCACUGCAUUGGGCCACGAAAAAAUCCCAGAUUGGAAGUGUUAAAUUACUUCUCAGCAAAGGAGCUAACCCAAACAUUCUUAAUUCCAGUAUGAUGGCUCCACUUCACUUGGCUGUGCAGUGUCUUCACAAUGAAUUAGUUAAGAUUUUCGUCGAACACAGCGCUACAGAUGUGAACCUGGAAGGAGAGAGUGGGAACACACCCAUAUUACUUGCAUGUUAUAAAGAUAAUACUGAAGCACUGAAACUUCUGAUAAAAAAUGGUGCUAAAAUAUGUAAAGCAAACAGUUUAGGAUGUAUGCCAGUCCAUGCAGCUGCAUUUUCUGGUGCAAAAUCAUGCAUGGAGAUUAUCAUAAAGAAGGGUGAAGAAUUAGGCUAUUCCUCUAAAAAUCACAUCAAUUUUACUAAUAAUGGAAAGUGUAGUCCUCUUCAUCUGGCAGUUCAAAGUGGAGACUUGGAAAUGAUUAAAAUGUGCAUUGAAUAUGGAGCCCAAAUUGAUUUGAAGCAGAGUGACAAAUGCACAGCUCUUCAUUUCGCUGCCACCCAAGGAGCUACUGAAAUUCUUAAACUGAUGAUGUCAUCUUAUGCAGGCGAUGAACCUAUUGUUGACGCAUUAGAUGGAAAUAAGGAAACAUUGCUUCACAGGGCUGCAUUGUUUGAUCACUAUGACUUGGCAGAAUAUCUUAUAUCAAUGGGAGCAAAGAUCGAUAGUGUUGACGUUGAAGGUCGAACUCCACUACUACUUGCUACUUAUUGUGCAUCAUGGAAAAUUGUGAAUUUAUUACUAUCAAAAGGAGCAAAUGUAGAAUUAAAAGAUCAUCUUGGUCGUAAUUUUUUGCAUCUAACAGUACUACACCCUGGAGGAUUAAAACAUCUGAAUGAACAGUUUUUGAAGAUGAAGCAUAUUAAAGAUCUCAUAACUGAUGAAGAUAACGAAGGGUGCACUCCUCUACAUUAUGCAUGCAGGCAGGGGGUUCCCCUUUCAGUGAACAGCCUCCUUGAACUGAACGUUUCCAUCUGUUGUAAAAGCCGAGAUAAGAAAUCUCCUUUGCAUUUUGCAGCUAGCUAUGGGCGUAUCAACACCUGUCAACGACUCCUCCGUGAUAUGGUAGAUACCAGGCUCUUGAACGAAGGAGAUAAGAAGGGGAUGACUCCUCUGCAUUUGGCUGCUCAGAAUGGUCAUGAGAAGGUAGUGCAGUUUCUCUUGAAGAAAGGUGCCCUUUUUCUCUGUGAUUAUAAAGGCUGGACAGCUUUGCACCAUGCUGCAUUUGGAGGGUAUACUCGCACAAUGCAGAUAAUUUUGAAUACUAAUGUGAAGUGCACAGAUAAAGUAGAUGAAGAAGGGAACACAGCUCUCCAUCUUGCUGCCAGAGAAGGCCAUGCCAAAGCCGUUAGACUGCUUCUUGAUGACAGUGCCAAAGUACUCUUGAACAAAAGUGAGGCUUCUUUUCUUCACGAAGCCAUACACAAUGGGCGGAAAGAUGUCGUAAACACUGUCAUCUUACAUAAAAGAUGGGAAGAGACUGUUGUAGCAUUUUCUCACCAUUCAAGUACAAAUAAAUGUCCUCUAAUAGAGAUGGUUGAAUAUCUUCCUGAAUGUUUGAAAUUAGUUUUAGACAAUUGCAUCACUGAAUCAUCAGAUGACAAGGCAUCCAAAGACUUCUGUGUUGAAUAUAACUUCAGAUAUCUUCAGUGCCCACUGAAGUUUACCAAGAAAUUAAAAGAAGAUGAUGAUAUUGUGUAUGAGCCACUUAUCACUCUUAAUGCCAUGGUCCGUCAUAAUCGUGUUGAACUGCUCAGCCAUGCUGUCUGUAAAGAAUAUUUACUCAUGAAAUGGAUGGCCUAUGGGUUUCGAGCACAUCUCAUGAAUCUAGCUGUGUAUUGUCUUGGAUUAAUGCCUCUAACGCUCCUGAUCAUCCACAUAGAACCAGAGGGGUCUUCCAACAGAACUGUUAACGCAGGGCCCUUUGAGAAUAAGGGUUCAUACUUCACAAAAGUGUGCAUGUGUUUAGUUUUUAUCAUGAGUUUAUUUGGAAUCUGCAAAGAAAUAAUACAGCUCUUCCAACAGAAACUUAAGUAUCUCUUGGAUUAUUCAAAUCUCCUCGACUGGACAAUUUAUACUACAAACAUCAUUUUUGUAUCAUCUUUAUUUAUUCAACUUCCAGUUCGUUUGCAGUGGGAGUGUGGUGCAAUUGCUAUAUUCUUGUCUUGGAUGAAUUUCUUGCUAUAUCUGCAAAGAUUUGAGAAUUAUGGAAUAUAUGUUGUGAUGUUCUGGGAAAUUUUGAGGACAUUGAUCCGGAUCAUCAUUGUCUUCUUCUUCUUGAUGUUAGCCUUUGGGCUCAGCUUCCAUGUUCUUCUCGGUUCACAGGAAACAUAUGGCACUCCAUAUCUUUCUGUAAUGCAGACAUUUGCCAUGAUGCUAGGAGAUAUCAAUUAUCGUGAAGCUUUCCUUGAACCAAUGCUUGCCGAUCAUCUGCCAUAUCCGUUCCUGAGUUUUGCAAUGCUUGUUAUCUUCUCUCUCCUUAUUCCAAUCCUUCUUAUGAACUUAUUGAUUGGCUUGGCUGUUGGUGACAUUGCAGAGGUACAGAAAUUUGCAGCACUGAAAAGAAUAGCAAUGCAGGUCAGUCUUCACACAAAUUUGGAGAAGAAACUGCCAUACUGGUUUCUCAGCAGAGUUGACCAGGAUUCAAUCACUGUGUAUCCUAAUAGGCCAAGAUAUUGUGGAUUUAUGAGUGUGUUUCAAUAUUGCUUUGGCUGUAAUGAUAUAGAAGCAAAUACACAGAAUGCUGACACAACUUUGGAACUAGAAGUAUUGAAACAGAAGUACAGGCUUAAAGAUAUUGCAGCACUUAUGGAGAAACAGCAUGACCUCCUUAAACUGGUUGUUCAAAAAAUGGAAAUCAUAUCUGAGGCUGAGGAUGAAGACACAAACGAUCUAUUCCAGCACAAAUUUAGGAAGAAGCAGUUGGAGCAUAAAAACAGUAAAUGGGAUACAGUAUUAAAGGCAGUGAAAUCCAAACCUGCCGAUAUCUGCUAGAGCUGCCCCCCAACAGCAGUUGAGGGAAGUGGCUUUCAGGCAGGAAUCAUUCCCCAUAUGUAAGGCAAGGAAGAGAGGAGAUGAAAGUUUGCCCUUUACCCAAACCAUCCAGAUGUAGCAGUGAGGGUACCCUGGGCAGCACUAUGCAAAUGUAUAGUUGCUGACUAGCAGGCCCCGUAGUCUUCUCUGUUUUAAUCAUCCUAACUAGUCAGCAACUACUUGUUUGCAGGAUGCUAUCCCUACUUCACAGUUUCUCUGUGAUGGCUAUUGCUAAGAGUGAGCUUAGCACUAUUCAAGCAUACUUGCUUGUACCUUGUCUAAAAUACUCCUUCCCUCCUGGCUGCCUUCUGAUGGCUAUGUUUGAAAACUGGCUGUCCUUUCCUACUUAUUCUGCUGCUGGUUCCUGCCAGAAAACCACUUCACUAGCUACUUCUGGCUGUAGCGAAAACUCUGUUUGAACGUUGUUAUAUUUCAUGUCUAUAUAUUUCUGCCUCAGCUGUUGCUUACGACAGGGCCUCUUCUUCUCCAGUUGCAUGGUUAUAAUAAUACUAAUGGAGUUUGCAUAAUGUAAAGAGAGAUAUUCUUGGCUAGAGAGUGUGUUAAAUACCUCUUAACUCUAUCUUAUCACAUGUAGCGUGAAUGCAAACAGAGGAUAAGCAAUGAUUUAAUGUAGCAAAUAGCUAGUUCAUAGAAUAGUCAGUCAGCACAAGUCCCAGUUAAAUCACUGGAGCAUCUCAAUGUAUAUGUGUAAGAAAUACAGUAUAUGAAUAGGAAGUACAGUUGACUUGCAACUUGUGUGCAUUUAACUUGUGCAAUUGCAGCUUUACAUAUUUGGUGGCCAGCCGUAAUUGCACAAAUAUAAUGCAUGCAAGGCGGAGAGCUUCAAAAAUCUUUCCACACUAUGUUUUCCUGCAGUGGAGAGCUUUUAGGCUCUCAGACUUAUUUACUGGCUCUGGGAAGUUCUUGUGUAUGAUCUGGGAAGGUCUUGCAAGAUAUUGU